AUUGGUCUGGUGACUCUAGUUAGCAAAGAAGCUUACCUUGUCAGUUUUUAAAAUUACAAACAGAAUAUGACAUAUUACUUUCAAACUAACAGACAGUUUUUUGUAUGAUACUCUCGUCAUUGCCUGGGAGAAACAAAUGGUCGAAUAUUUAUCUAUAUGUAGCUAACUAGCGUAGCUAGCUAAGUUUGGUUGUCUGGUUAGGGAUUGUAUGCAAGCUUGUAAUUAAAACUUGUUCAUGACCAUGGAGAAGAUUGUGAAAGAUGUGGGAGACAUCCAGUCUAGGCUGAUAGAUCACAGACCGAUCAUCCAAGGGGAAAUACGGUACUUUGUGAAAGAAUUUGAGGAGAAACGUGGAUUUCGGGAAUGCCGUCUGUUGGAGAACCUCAACAAGAUGGUUGCAGAAACCAAUGAACAAGCUCUGCCCAACUGUUCAGAAGCCAUGCACCAGAACCUGCAGCAGGCUCUAACAAGAUUGGAGGCAGCUAAUCACAUGGCACAGAGGAUCCAGCAGAGGGAGCUAGAGGCACAGCAGAGCACCCAGAUGCAGGUGUGUCUGGAGCGCCGUAAAGCGGACUGGGAGGAGUUCCUGAAGCAGCAGGCCGUGCUGAAGGAGGAGGUGGACGAGGAGCACGCCAAGGCCGUCGGUCGCCUCAGCGCCCAGUACGGCGAGAUGAAGAAGGACCUCGCCAAGUUUGCCACCUUCUGACGAAGAAGGACCCCGCCAAGUUUGCCCACUUUUGAUGCCCCCUGAUAUCAUACCUCUAUUUCUGUAUCUCUUUUUUCAUGUCUUUUCUUUUUUUUUCUUUUUUUUUUUUCAAAAGACCGGCGAAGUUUUAAGUCCACCUAAAGCUAAUUGAAUAACCGGACCAGACAGUGAUUAAUAGCCUUGAUCUACUUUCUAAUUUAAUUUCAGGAUCCUAAGUACACACACUGAUGGGGCAGUUCAAUUCUCCCAUGUGCCAUAAGAUGGCUUUAGUUUGCGCAUGAGAAACUUUGCUCAUUGACUGACUUUGCACUUUGGUCGUCAUUUAAAUUAGGGUCCGUCAUCCAUUUCUAAUGCCCUCAGCACAGAGGAGUCGUUUGUUUCAACCGCUCACGCAUGUCAUCUCACGCCACCCAUCAUCUCUCUUCAUCUUAACUAUUCGCUGGCUGCUUUGUUUCAGCAUCUCUCUUUACUGCUCUCGCUUUUGUUUUUCCCACCCUUGCUCUUUGGAUGUCUGUUUCAGCCAUUUCUCCCCUUCCAUCACCCUCCCUCUUACUCACUCUCUCUGGAUACUCUCUCUUUCUCUCUCUCUCCUUGUCUUUUUCUGGAUACUCUCUAUUGAACUUUGUAUUCUCUCUCUCUCUCUCUCUCUCUUUCUCUGCUGUGAAGCUGCCUGGCUUUCGUUGUGUGUGGCUGUCUCUUUCUGCCUCCUCAUAUCUCUUUCUCGGUCUCUGACAGGCCGUCUCCUUGUGUGGCUGUCUUUCUUUCUCCGUGUUUUUUUCCCCUCUCUUGGCUGUCCAAAUGUCUCUUUUUUUCCUCUGGCCACCUCUGAGCCUUUUUCUUUCUAUGGCCAUUGCUUCUUUCAUUCCCUUACUCCCUCCCUCCCUCGCUCGCUCUUUCUGUCCCUCUCUCCGUCUAUCAGUCUGACCAGAUAUGUUUUUUUAUACUCUCAUUUUAGACAGUGUUGAAAUGCCUCCAUGAUAUGCAGGUCUAUAUGUUUCAUUCAAAGAGCCCUUUUGUCAUAUCGCACUUUUUUAUAUACAGCCAGAACGAUUCCACAGUGUCUUGUGUUAAAUCUGUCACUUUCAUGACCAAUUAAAUUAUGAAUUCCUCACCUGGAAGCUGUGUGCAAAUGUCCAGACAAGCAAAGCUGUGACGGUUUCUUGGCUGUGAGCUCUUAAACACUGAACAUUUUUAUUUUUAUCAUGCCCAAGGGUGUUGAAGUAUAUUCAUUCACCCUCCAUUGCAUAGAAAAAUAAGGUUUAUUCAAAGGUCUGUUGUACAGAAAUGUCAUUCAGCAAACAGAGACUGAUGGAUUUCAGAGAUGUUGUUCAGUUGAUUGGUUAUUCAACAUGACUGGUCAAGACAUUGGACACCUCAUUCACCAAGUGUUGUCAAACAAACUCUCCUUACCAAGAAAAGUCUGUGACGGACCACUCGGUCAACAAUCUAGCACUAAAAACGUCUAGAUGGUUCAACUUGCCUUUUUGACUGUGAACUGCCAAAGGUCAACUUGUGUCAGCAUCCUCCCUUCUGCUCCAUUGUACCAUGUAUGUGUACUGAACAACCAUGGGAAAGAAAAACGUGCGUAUGGAGUGCUUUCAUUGGACAGUAUAGUGAAAAGAGGAAUUCUAAACUGAUGAAAUGAAAGAUAGAUGAAUGGACACAUGAAUAAAAAGAUGGAUGGAGAGCUUUGUGGCACAUUUCUUGUGUGUUAUAAAAGUGAUUGAUGCCUUAGGAGUGUGACAGAACAAAUGUUUUUUAAAAAGUCCUAUAGCAACAAGAAAGUAACCAGGAACUGGCCUCUACUCACGGACACUUCUAGAACAACCAGAAGGAAGAUGUGAUGAGAAUGAGAUGUCAAUGAAAAGAAAUUAAAUAAAUG